AAACGAGAAUAAAAAAAAAAAAAAUCUGAAAAACUGUAACGUUUUCGUCAGUCGCGCUCUCAGUAUGUCCGUUGGACAAAUGGACGUCGCCGCUGCGCAAGUCGCAUUACGGGUACUCCUACUGUUGUCGUCGUCGCCCGCGACUGUCGUCCGAGUCCUGUGCGGCCGUCCCGUGUGGCUGACCGACGGCGAUACGCUGUACUUGAGAUGGCAGAGCGGGCUGGGCCUGUUGAACCGUUGCUCCGUGGUGCUGCCCAACGGCACAGAGACAACCCUGUCCGACGCGGCUGCCGCAGUCGCCACCGCUAAUCUCACGUACGUGGGCGACGGUUAUCAGUCCGGGCAAUGCGGUCUAAGGGCCGUAAGUGUGAUGCCCGGCGUCGGCAAUUGGACGCUAACGGCGUCGUCAGUGGACGGGCGAUACAAUCGGGACACGAGUCGCGUCACGUGCAUCGCGAAACAAUGGCCCAAGUCGACGACAAUCCGCGUGCCCGUUGGUAGCGCGGUGAACGUGACAUGUGGACCACCGAAAGCAUUUUACUGCCGCAUGUCGGGCCCGUCCGGCGAAGUGUCCAGGCACAAGGGCCAGUGUUGGGUAUACGUCAAGUCUGUCGGAUCGCACCACCAGGACAUGUGGACCUGCUGGUCGGUUACAGCUGAGUCCGCGGCUGAAGUUCAGUACACCCUUCGCUUACACGCUUACCGAGAGGGUGCAAUAACAGAAGUCGGAUACGACGAAACACCGUCCGAAGUGCGGGUAUUCUGCAACGUCCACGACAGUAACUCCACUGAAGUCAGCAGCGGAAAUAGCAAUGCUGUUGGUCAGGAUGAUAACUUUCGGUCCAAAUACUGCAGGCUUACGUUACCACGAGACACGAAGAUCCUGUCACUGGCGUACGGUAGAGGCACUAGCCGGUACUCGUAUCACGGUGCAGCGGACAACGAUUGUGGUGUGUCGUUCGCAAAACCGUUGAAACGAUCCGAAAUUGGCCGAUGGAAGUGUAUGAACGGUAUGUCCGACGAUCGAGUUUACGGCGGAUUCGUCGUCGUCGUACCGCCCAACAAUACGAAAGGUAUACCACCGCUCACGGUGACAGCCAGCAAGUCUGUGAUGGUGCCAAAAGGCAACACGUUUCACGUGGAGUGCAGUGUACAUUCAGAAAUCGACUAUUGCUGGUUGCGGCAUCCCAACGGCACUGCUAUCCCGGUCACAGUUCCAGACAGAACUUUAGACGACGACCGGAAUAGGAUCGGAACUAGGUACCGGUACACGGGCGAAGGGUUGUCAUUCGGCCAAUGUUACGUGGCGAUCAGUGACGCCUCCACAUCGGACACGGGUGCUUGGCUUUGCGCUUUAGGUCUGCGCGACGACCGCCGUGAAAUGUACGGUACGGUGGACAUUACGGUUUCCGAGUCGGUGAUUGCGGCCCGCCAAGAAGAACUAUACGCGACCGAGGGCAGCCGGGUGACGUUGGGAUGCGACACGGUCGAAAAGCAACCUAUAGCCUACUGCCGGUUUCUCACGCCACGUCUAUUCGGAUUCGCCGUAGACGAGAAAUCGGACGCACAGCCACCGCCUCGAUACGCAUACUCUGGCCAAGGACUGACGGCAGGCCACUGCGGUUUGUCCAUCGACCGCGUGGACGAUUCCGACUACGGAAACUGGACAUGCGCCGUGAAAAUCCUCGAUUCUACCGGAUCUGAAGAAGUCAGUACGACCGUCCUAUUGCGAAAACCCGAAGGAUUUACGAUGAUCCAGAUCAUCGGCAUCGUGUUAUGCGGCACUAUGAUAUCCAUCAUGUCGCUGUUCUUUGCCAAUCAUCUCAUCACCAAUCCGUCGGCAAAGACUAGGAAAAAAAUCGAAAAAUUAGAAAUGCAGCUCGAAGCGGGCGAACAAGGCGCAAGUCACAGAAUCGGCGCCAGACGCGCACAGAAUAGCACGCGGGUGAUCAGGACUCAGCCGGGUCGGAGCAAACAGGGGUCCGUACCUCGGAGAAUAUGACCGCUGCGCUCGAUUAUUUUAUUCGCUACGAUUAAUAACAUUUCUGGUAGGUAUUUGUAAAGUUGUAACACGAGAUCUUUACUGCAGCCCUCAACACUAGUUCGAUUCCACAUUUCCACUCGAUAAUAAUCAAUACAUGUCUAUAUACGUAUAUUACGUACAUUCAUAUAAUAACAAAGAUGGCGUAUUGACGUAUAAUAACAAAUUCCUAAUAAUAAAUUGGCCUCUGCGGAUUAUAUUUUAUUAUCUUCAACAUUAUUUGUUCACUAUUUAAUAUGUACAACUCGUUAUGCCAAUGACGAAUGCCAUGAUGAUAAACUUCUGUCAGACUCGCACAGUCGCACUGCUGACGACUUGACUUACAUAUACAAUCACUAAACAUUUAAUAAAAUAAUAACGAGCUAAUAGAUAGUUCAUUAAACAUGAUUUAGUGAUCCUUGCCAUUUGUUCGUUAAAUUAAUCAUUUUUUAUAAAAUAUAUACAACUCGGCAUUUCAGCGCUUCAGCGUUUCUUAAAUAAUUGUUGUACGCAUAAUUCUUACAAAUUAAUAAUUAUCAAUAAUCGAGAUAAAAUUUCUUAAAAAUUUGAAUUUUAAACGCUUAUAAAAGAAAAUAUAACCAUGUAUUUUUUAUAUUUUUUAAUUAUGUAAAACAAGUUAUGCUAACCCAUACAAAAAAUUUCUCAUAAAUAAGCCGAAUGAUGACUUUAAAAGUCAACAAUUUCAACUUGUUUUAAAAUGUCUAUAAAUAACACAAAAAAGCCUAAAUAUUUUGAAAAUUAUGAAUUUUUAGAAAAUAAUAAUAUAAAUAUUCAGUUAAGCACAAUUAACAAGUUUGUUUAUUUUUGAUUUACAAUUUUUAAAAAAAUGUAGGCUUUAUAUUUUUUUCCUUGUAAAUAUUUGUAAAGUACUGGAAUUUUUACUUUUAGUCCCUUCCCCAAGUAUAAACUUUUCAAAGUUAAAUAUUGAAACAUUCUAAACUCCUAAAAGUUAACAUAACUAUAUUCUCAAAAUCUACAAUAUAUCAUUGAAAAAUAAAAAUAAAAUAAUAACUAAUUAAUAACAAACUUUUUUAUAUUAUAUGGAAAUUAAACAAAUAAAAAAAUAACUUUAAAUGUAAAAAUAUAAUUGGAGUAUAAAAUAAAUAUAAUUUAACUUUUUUUCUUACUGUACAAAAAUCUACUGACAUAAUGUCAUAAUGAUAUAAGCAUAAUAAUUUAAACCUCACUUUGAUCAUCAAUAUUUAUAAAAAUGCUGCUUUAUUAUUCAAUAUAGUUCGUUUGUUAAAAAAAAUAGUUUUUAGACCUGAUGAUGUUAAUAUUUAAUUUUUUGUUUAUCAUUCCAUUGUUUUAAUAUUUUUGCAUUAUCUAUACUAAUAUUAAUUGCUUAGUCUAAAAUAUAAAAGUUACACAAUACUUAAAAACUAUAGGUAAAGCUAUUAUUGGUUGGUUAUUAUAUUAAUGUUAUCUAUAAAUGAAAAUAUAUUAUUCUUUGUCCAUACAAUAAAAUUAAACAAAAUACUGUGUUUUAUACUUUUACUCUAAAAACUAAUAAAUAUUUUAGUUUAUAAGUCAAACAAAUUAUUUGAGAGAUCAUUAUUUCCUCUUGUAAGCAUGAAACAUUUUUCAUUUUAUUCACAGUGUUAGAUAUUCCAAUGAUAUAAUUUCUAAAAAUAUAUAGCAUAUUAUUAGCCACCUAAGUAGCUCUUAAGUUUUAAGUCAUUAAGAAAUUUAAGUUUAUUCAAGAAUUGUAGAAAAUACCAUAUUAAUUGUUAACAAGUGUAAUUUGUCUUCCCAGAUGAAAACAAAAUAUUAUAGUGUUACUGUAUAUUAUUAUUUAAUCAUAAUACAUAAAACAUUCAGAUUUUUAA